AUGAGUGCCGUCAAGCCCUUUAAGAUUUCUGUCCCUGAUUCGCAGCUUGAGAUACUUCAAAAGAAACUAGAGAUUACCACCUUCCCGGAUGAACUGGACAACUCUGAAUGGGAUCUGGGUGCGCCCUUGGAUGAUAUAAAACGCCUCACAGAGUACUGGAAGGACAAGUUUGACUGGCGGAAAGCAGAAAAACGGCUUAAUGAACAGGUGCCCCAGUUUACUGUCGACGUCGAUGUAGCAGGCUUCGAUAAAUUGAACAUACAUUUUGUUCACAAGAGAAGCAAGGUAACUGGCGCAAUCCCCCUGCUUUUUCUUCAUGGCUGGCCCGGAAGUUUUCUCGAAGUCACGAAAUUAUUACCUCUGUUGACAACGGGGGAUGAGAGUCAGCCAGCCUUCCAUGUGGUGGCUCCAUCUCUGCCCAACUUUGGGUUCUCAGACGGAGUUAAAAAGAGAGGCUUCGGGCUUGCACAGUAUGCAGAAGCUCUGCAUGGCGUGAUGAUGGCUUUGGGGUAUGAAGAAUACGCCAUACAAGGAGGAGACUGGGGUGGCAUUAUAUCUCGAGUCAUGGCGAAACUAUACCCUUCACAUGUAAAAGCGGUGCAUACCAACUUCAUAAUCCUCUCACUCCCUUACCCGUGGAGAACACCUCUACUAUUCCUCAAGUCUCUAUUCACACUCCCAUUCUCCAAAAAAGAUCAGGCCAAGCUUGCAGUCUCCAUGAACUAUUUGACUCAAGGUAACGGAUACAUGGCACAGCAAGGCUCUCGACCUCAGACGCUCGGAUAUAGCCUUCAAGACAGUCCUGUAGGCCUACUGGCCUGGAUAUAUGAGAAAUUGCAUGCUUGGACAGACUCAUAUCCCUGGACUGAAGACGAAGUUCUGACCUGGGUUUCAAUAUACCUCUUCUCCCGUGCAGGACCUGCUGCCUCAACUCGGAUUUACUAUGAAUUCAACCACGCGCCUUCUGGCCCAGGAAGCGUCUCAAGUGACGACGCAGCAACUUGCUAUUCCCCUGAUGUUAAAUUUGCUGUUGCACAUUUCCCGCGCGAGAUGCUUACGUUUCCGAUGUUAUGGUGCCGUUCUAUUGGUAAUGUAGUAAGGGAGACUGAAUUUGAGAAGGGAGGCCAUUUUGCUGCUUGGGAAGUUCCCGAAGACCUGGCAGCGGAUAUCCAGGGGUUCUUUGGGAAGAAAGGGCAGGCCUACCGUGCACUUGUUGGUACGGAUGGAUAUUAG